GUCUAUCAACUUGAGGGCGUUGGUCUCAGUCUGUUUGUGGUCUCCAUCGUUGGCGGCGUUGUGUCGUUGAUCGUGGUAUGUCUGAGAACGUUCAUUCGGCUGCGGGCAAAGACGUUUAGCUGGGACGAUGGCUUGAUGCUCGGUGGUUUGGUCGUUUACCUCGUCGAUGUCGCCCUCGCCUGCAUGGGUGCGUUGAGCGGGCUAGGCACACGCAACGCAGACCUCAGCCCAGUAAUGUUGGUUGAAUCGAUGAAGUACUUGAUGAUCUGGAUGAUGCUUUAUGUGGCAGUCUUGUGUACGAUCAAAACUUCGAUUUGCAUCACCACACUGCGGAUCGCAACUACAAUGCCAACGCUGCGCAUCGCCGUCUACGUCUUGAUGGGCCUUACUGUCGCCACCUUCCUAACGACAUUCGUCGGAAUCCUGUUGUUAUGCCGACCUGUGGAAGCCAAUUGGGAUACAAGCAUUGUACUAGAGGGUCGUGGAGAAUGCUCGCCAGUCAGCUCGAUGCUGGCCUUGUCAUACACUUCCACUGUCAGCACCAUUGUUACCGAUCUUGCCUGUGCUGUCCUCCCGGCUAUCAUUCUCUGGCAAACGCAAAUGAAACUCUCGACAAAGAUCAUGGUCUCUUUUGUUCUUUCCUUCGGCUCAUUUGCUUCAGUCUCGACCAUGAUACGCACUCCAUACAUCGACCACUACAACCGUCCUCUCGACGAUCUUGCCUUCCACAUCGCCAACAUCCCCCUCUGGUCCAACGUCGAGACUGCCAUUGGUUUCAUUGCCGGUUCCCUCCCCGCUUUACGACAAUUCUUCAUGCACCGUCGCUCACCGCGACCUACAACUUUGGGUCAAACCGAUGCCUCCCACGGCCUCCACCCGGGUUCAGUCGGGCUCGUUACUAUUGGCGGCUCGGGAGUGACGUCUAAGAGCAAGAUCCGUAAAGGGACAAACUACGAGGACGGCGAAGCAGGCCAGGGAGACUGGACGCGUCUUGAUGAAGACAGCGUCUCGGAGAAAGGAAGCACUGCGCCUGUUCGAGGAAUUCGCAAGGACAUGACCUUCGAGGUAUCGUCCUUGCCAGGGCAGAAGAAUGGUCGCGGGAAGAACUAGCUACGACGUAGUCAGAGGAGAAAUCUCACACGCUAUGGUGGCGUUCGGAUGGAUGCCCAUCCACAUGGAACGCAAAGUGCAUGUGCUUUCGAAUGACGGCUACAGACAACGGGCUAGCCAGAAGAUGAAUUGGUUGUGGCGGGUCAAGUCAGCGCUAAGCUUUGUUCAGCUACAUCCCGAUACUAGUGUCAAACGGCCAGACUUGGGGAAGAUAUGGCAACUUGAACUUCGCUUAUCUCGAUUGCGUUUAGACACAAAGCUGACAACUGUCCCCCACUUCAAGGCUGACUAUCUACGUCCAUUCAUCACUGAC